AUGGCCGGAGAUGGCACCUGCCGUUGUCCUCCAAAGCGACAUGUCUACAAUCCCCAAAGAAGUGGAUGUCUCGUCGUAGGCAGCGGCAACGCAGGAUUCGCGUCCUCAAUCUCAGCCGCACAAGCCGGCGCCAAGCGGGUCUUGCUAAUCGAUAAAUGCCCCGAAGAAUGGGCAGGUGGCAACACAUACUUCACAGCUGGAGCCUACCGCACGGUGCAGAAGAUCCACCUAACGCCCUACUCGGAGAACUUUCUGGCCGACCUCAACAAGGUGUGCAUGGGGCGCUCAGACCUGGAACUUGCAAAAACUUUGAUUGGGGACUCCAACUCGACAAUCAAGUGGCUAGCACGGCAAGGUAUUCGGUUCCAGCUAUCGUUCAAUCGGCAGGCUCUAAAGACAGGGGAUGGUGGAAAAGUGCUCAUUGAUGACUAUCGGACUGCUGCGGAGAGAAAUCGGAUUCAGGUGAUUUGGCCGACUAGGCUAGUUGGGAUCCAUUCGAAUUUAGACGGGUCCUUCACCGUUACAACCAAGACUGGGGACAAGAAACAGGUUAUCAGGGCUGGGGCUGUAAUCUUGGCCGCUGGUGGACUUGAAUCGAAAGCGCAGAUGCGAAGCCAAUUCCUCGGGCCUGGCUGGGGUUUCGCUCUGGUUCGUGGCACACCUUACAGUACCGGCGACUGUCUCGAAAUCGCCAUUGGACAGCUCGCUGUACAACCCGUGGGAGACUGGUCCGGAUGUCAUUCUGUGGCCUGGGAUGUCAAUGCCAACCCCAAUAUCGACGACUGCGCGGCCUCCAAUGAGUACACCAAGUCUGGUUACCCCCUCGGCCUAAUGCUCUACGUUGACGGUCAGCGCUUCGUCGAUGAAGGUAUUGACCUGCGAAGCUAUACCUACGCGAAAUUCGGCCGGGCGAUUCUCCAACAACCGGAGCAGCUUGCGUUCCAGGUACGGGACUCCCAGACCAGCCGCUGGCUCCGGUCUGAGGGAUACCGCGAGGAGCGUGUGGAGCAUAUUACGGCACAGUCUUUGGAAGAGCUUGCCGAGAAGUGUGAACAAUGCGGUCUUCACGACCGGGAGGCCUUCGUCCGCACCAUUCGAGAGUAUAAUGGGGCUGUCUAUGCUCAUCGGCAGGAGAAUCCAUCAGCCAAGUGGAAUCCUGCAGUCAAGGAUGGUUUAUCUACCCAAUCUUCUCAGAAACAAUUGGCUCUAGCAAAGUCGAACUGGGCGUUACCACUAGACAAAGCCUCUUGUCUUGCUGUCAAGGUCACUUGUGGUAUCACCUUCACAUUCAGAGGCCUCAAAGUGGACCCUCAAGCCGCACAGUUAGCCGCUGCGUCUACUGGCCGCCCCAUACCCGGGAUCUUCUGUGUCGGUGAGAUGGUUGGAGGUCUCCUCUACUCUAACUACUCAGGUGGGAGUGGGUUGACCUCGGGGGCUGUUUUUGGUCGGAGACUAGGCAAGGCCGCAGCAGUUGUAGCCACGAAUGUUCUCAAGAGAGUAUCUAAAGAACAUGGAUGUCCUACUUGCUUCAUAUGA